UUCCGUAAAUGUAAUUAUUAUCUGCAUGAUUCUGUCCAAGGAUUCGAUCAUCGCCACAUCGGGUUAUUCAAAGCAGUGGCAUCAGAAAAAGAAGUGCCCGGACGAGAGCUGGCCGUGUGUCAAGUGAAGAUACUGGAGGACGUUUCCAAGCUUCCUGAUAUAGACAGCUCGGGGAUGUCACUCAGCUCUCUGGACAAGUCACACAUCAGCUUGGUGAAUCAGACGGGGAAGUUUUCAAAGAGCGAUCGGGCUCUCGUUCUGAUUAGAAACAUGAUCCUAAACUUCCCCUCCUGCUGCGUGCUGGAUGACGAAGGUCAGCCCGUGUCCUGGAUCCUGGUGUAUAAUAAAUUCUCCAUGGGCAUGCUGUACACGCUGCCUGAGCACAGAGGGAAAGGUUAUGCCAAAGUCCUGAUCUGCAGCAUGGCGAGGAGGCUCCACGCUGAGGGGUACCCUGUGUACACCUUCAUCCAGGAGGGGAACACGCUCUCCCACAGGCUCUUUACAAAGCUGGGCUUCACUGAGGCGCCCUCAUACAGAGGGGCGUGGUUUGAGUUCAAUGAGUUUUAAAUACUUACAGCAGGG